AGUGGCUCCACAGUUCCCUCCAUCUUGAACCGAAUGCAGACCAAACAGACUCCACCUACUUACAACAAGACCAACAAGUUCACCUCGGGUUUCCAGAACAUUGUGGAUGCUUACGGUAUUGGAACAUACAGAGAGAUCAAUCCAGCUCCAUACACAAUCAUUACAUUCCCGUUCCUGUUUGCUGUCAUGUUUGGGGACAUGGGUCAUGGAGUGCUGAUGACAUGUGCGGCACUUUAUCUGGUCAUCAGAGAGAGCCGCCUGCUCGCGCAGAAGAGUGACAAUGAGAUGUUUAGCAUGAUUUUUGCGGGACGCUACAUCAUUCUUUUGAUGGGGAUAUUCUCAGUCUACACCGGAUUGAUCUACAAUGACUGCUUCUCCAAAUCCCUCAACAUGUUCGGCUCAAGCUGGAGUGUGCGGCCCAUGUUUUUCCCUAAGGGAAACUGGACGUUUGAGACUCUGGAUGGUAACUCAGUUCUUCAGUUAGACCCUGCUGUUCCUGGCGUGUUUGGUGGCCCUUAUCCCCUGGGCAUCGACCCCGUAUGGGAGAAUGAGUUAAGUUGA